GACAGCAUGGAGGUCACCGCUCUCUGCGUCACUCUGUUAAUGAGCACGUUGAUGCUUCUGCACUGUUACUGUGCUGACACAGCUGGUGGAGUGUUCCUCCGCGUUGUUCCAAACAAGCUGCAGUUCUUUGAGUACGACUCUCUGUCCUUUGAAUGUGAGGGAUCUGAAAACAUGAUGGAGUGGAGAGUGAUGAGGAGGAUGAUGGGCGUCGACACAAUAUGUGCGUCUGAGUGGAAUCAGUCAUGGGGACCCUGUUAUAUUCAACAUGCCUAUAAAGCAGACAGUGGAGAGUACUGGUGUGAGGCUGCAGACGGAGAGAGGAGCAGCACCAUCAGCAUCAUCGUCGCUGUCGGCUCAGUGAUCCUGGAGAGUCCUGCUGUCCCUGUGCCGGAGGGAGACGCUGUGACUCUGAGCUGUAAGAACGAGACGACCUCUGGCCGUAUAGCUGACUUCUAUAAAGAUGGCGCCCUGAUACUGACGGGCUACGCGGGAAACGUGACCAUCCGCAGUGUUUCUAAGUCUGAUGAAGGACUCUACAAGUGUGACAUCAUCGGUGUUGGAGAAUCAGCAGAGAGCCUGCUGACUGUCACAGUCUCCCCAUCACCUGAUGACGACACACAUCCUGCCCGCCGUGCGUCCCCCAGUGUCUUCCUGCUGUGGACCAUCGUGGCCAUUUUCUUGGUGACUCUGCCUCUGCUGGUGGUGGCACUCUCUCUGUGUGCAAACCACAGAGGGUUGUCCUACGCUUCCCCAAAGACGCCGACGUCAAGGUCACGCUCAGGUGAAACAGACACAGAUAAAGAACACAGAGCAUUGUCCAAAGUGAUCAAUAUAAAUCAUCUACAGAUGAUGACGUGUUCUCCAAACACAGAAUUCAUCACCUUCACAGAAGAAGCAGCAGCAUCCAGCUUCACAGAGACUCCAGACACCCACCCUCCCUCAGCUGAUACAGACCAGUGCACGACUGAUGAAAACAGCUUCUACUACACCAUUGACUAGGUCACUGACAGCAGAGACGUCUGGCUGAAGGAGAGACGUGUAAUAUUACGACUGACAUGUUUUUACUGACAUGUUGUACAGGAAGACUGUGCUCCUGUGAUGAAGAACAAAAGAGCUGUCAGUGUGUGUAAAGUGAUUGAUUUUGUACUGAUCACAGCUGUGUGUGUUCAAAGCUUCUCUAAAUAUGGACCGCUGUGGUUCUCAGCUGUCUCACAGCAUCAGGGUCUCUUUUAAAGAGCGAGCUGUUUAUUGUCAGUUAAACCACAUCGCUCUGUCUGCUCACACGUCUGUCUAUAAGAACACAGCUGCUGCAGCCUUUAAUACACUCACUGUGGUCAGCUGAUGACGUUUUGAUGUGACGUGACUUAGAUCUUACGCAGCCUGAAAUAAUUUCACAUGAAGGUGUUGAACCACUGAUAUGGUUAUAAAACGUGCUGUAGCACACAGGAAAUGUGCAGUUUCAUACAGUCUCUUUCAAAAUAAAAGCACUAUGUCAAUACAA